CCCGAUAUAAACUGUACCGCGGCGAAAACGUAUUUUCGCCACGGUCCAGGCUUCCAAUUUACGCGCGCAUCGACGCGGCCCUGACGCAAUCCUCUUGUAAAUUCGCCACUUUACAUUUGCAUUUAUACAACUGCUCGUGCAGCUGUCGCAAGAGAAUUUGCCGGGCAACGCGCUAGGAAGAAAUCCAACUCGAGUUUUACGAGCCGUUUCUUGCCGGGCACCGAAACGCGGACUUUUGCGGAAUGCGGCAAUUAACCGGUAAACCUGAAAUACUUUCGUUCUCGGCGCUAAUAAAGACCGCGAUCGACCGGAGGAUAUAAUUCGAAUCGGCGAUUAUUCGAGGAAUUUCCGUUUCGCUCUCGUUUUUCACCGAAACGGUGACCUACCGUCUCGCUUGGAAUUCCAACGACGAGAGACGAGAACCGCGUCGGUUUGGCCAGUCACCGACCUUUCUCGCGUGCCAGGAAAUUGACGAUAGGUUCUGGCCAUUUUUUUUUCUUUUUUUUUUUUUUGUUUCCAAUCCGACCUUCUAACCCGGGCCUUGCGUCAAUGUCGUUCGGCGUCGAGCGACUCGUAAGCGUCGAGGCACCGAAAGAAAUUCGCCUCGUCUUUAAUGCAUUCGGCUUUUAGUUUCCACCUCUUUAACCCCGUCCCCCUCGCUCGAGUAGAGACCGAACUUCGCGGUCGAAAAUAAAAGUCGAUACAAGACGCGAUACGAAACGGACGAAAUUCGAUUAGUAUCGAUUGUUGGUUCACCUGAACGGACCCGUGAUGACGCGUAAGACUUGUCAGGGUCCUCGGUGAUAUUUAUUAACCUCGGAUGUGUCGUUGCGCGAGUUUAAUUCGAUCGGCUCGAGUAAACACGAAAAAGUUCGAGAAGUCCGGUUCCUUGAACCUUUUUCGAGAUACUCGAUCUGGCCGUAUUCAUCCCAACCGCGAGUAUGGGGACGGUGAUUAAAGUCAAACAUGUAGAUGAUAUCAAUUUUCGCGACGGGAGUCAUCGCCAAGGAAGCGAGGAGGUGCCGAGGAAUGCUAUACCGCACGAGAAGGAACUACUGGUCAACAUUGACUGUCCAAUUUGCAUAAUAAUCAACUAUAUUCGAGAAGUUGCCCGACUUAGCGAGUCCAGUGAAUUCGAUUUGUGUGAUGAAACUAUUUGCCAGUUGAGAAAUAUUCAUUCCUUCGUUCCCGAUACCCCGGGCCUCGAGGUUUUACAACCAAAUGCAACGUAUCUCAUAUUGACCUACGAACGCGAUUCCAGUGGGCAGAUUGUGAAUAUGGUGCCGAUCACUUCCAAAAAAUCAAGCAAAGGGGUUUCGGAGAUUCUGAGUAAAAUUCGAAGAGCAUCGAAGAAGCAAUUAUCUGGGAGCCUAAAAUAGAUACUGGAGGCGAAAAGAUAGUUCAUAAUAAUAAUUUGUAUAAGAUAAUAAUACGGUAAAAGAAAACUUAAUUACAAUGAAUUACUAUAUUUAAGUAACUUACAAAUAACUUACUACAAAUAUUAUGUACAAUUUUUGUAACCCACUCGUUAUUUUCUUGUUACAGACAUUUUAUACGGUUUGAUUAUAA